AAAGUUACCGUCAGGGCGCCGACGACAGUUCCCAACUCCAACGCGCCGUUCGACAAAGAUCGCUGGGUGGAUUCCCUGAGUGAGAAGAAUAAGGAGCUGCUAGAACUCGAGAUCAAGACCCUUCACGACUCAUGGUUCAGUGCGCUGCACGGUGAAUUCACGAAACCGUACUUCUUGAAGUUGAAGGAGUUUUUGAAGCAAGAAAGGGGGAAGAGGAAAUGGAUCUUUCCGCCAGAGGAGGAUGUAUACUCAUGGGCACGCCACACACCGUUGGAUAAAGUGAAGGUAGUGAUCCUCGGACAAGAUCCAUACCAUGGCCAAGGACAAGCACACGGUCUCUGCUUCUCCGUCCGCCCACCGAUCAAUGCACCACCAUCCCUCAAGAACAUUUACACCGCACUAAAGAACGACUACCCAGACUUCACUAAACCUCGCGAUGGACUCCUCACACCAUGGGCAGAUCGCGGUGUCCUACUUAUCAAUACAUGUCUUACGGUCGAGGCACAUAAGGCAAACUCGCACGCAAAGAAGGGAUGGGAGGAGUUUACGGCGAAAGUCCUGAGAACCGUCGCGGAGCAGAGAUCGGAUGGUGUCGUAUUCCUGGCAUGGGGAAGUCCAGCGCAGAAGAACAUUGAUGCGUCUGUGCCAAAUAAGAGUCGACACCUCAUCCUGAAGAGUGUGCAUCCAAGUCCGUUGUCCGCACAUCGUGGCUUCAUGACCUGUGGUCACUUCAAGCAGGCAAAUGCGUGGCUCAAGGAGAGGUAUGGGAGUGGAGGGGUGGUUGAGUGG